GAUGGCAGAUGGCAGGUUAUCCUCUUCUCGGCCCGUGAUCGUUGGAGGACCCGCUUUGGGUGCCAGCCAGUCGGGUGCCGGCAGGACAACCCCAAAGUCUUCAGAGAUUGCACAUGCAAAAGAUACACAUGUAUUCCGCAAGGGAUUCAUUCCUUAUCUUGAACGUGGAGCGAAGGAUCUUCUACGCGCAUGUUUCCUUGAUAGACUACACAGUACCAGGUACGAGGUACGAGGUACCAGGUACCAGGAUGUUCCAUAAAGCGUGGUCAGCCCCGCCCAGGACUGGGUCCCAGAAUCCUGCGAGGCCGAGGCCGAGUCCUACGCCUGCGGGGCAUAUACAAUUGGUUUUAGUGCCAGUCUCUGAUUGUAGCAAAGCCCACUCUGAACCUCUUUCAGUCUCGGGCUGUCUCUGUUUUCUCAGUCAGUUUUCAUCGACUCGUUUGAGAAGUCGAAAGGUUUACCCAGGAUACGGAAAAGCCGGAAAAAGAUUUAAAAAAAAAUGCCUGCAAAUAAAAAAAUUGAAGGAAACGCUAAAGCUGGGAGUAUACCGGGGGAUGCAGGAUCGGUGGCAACCGCGACUGUGGUUCGGCGCCAAAUGCCGCCGCGCGCCUGCAAGAGCAAGAGCCAGAGCACCGCCAGGCCCAGUCUUACUCCCAGCCGCCAGCAGCCCAGCCGCCAGCAGCCCAGCCGCCAGCAGCCCAGCCGCCUGGCCACGAAGCCCAGCCUGAAGCCGACCACCGGCUCCCAGGCGCCAUCGCAGACCAUCGCAAAGUCGAGGCCCACCGGUCUCGAGACUAUUUUUGAACUGCCCGGCGAAGAGGACGACGGGCCCACCAGCAGCCAUGGCGUGGCUUUCGGCGAGUGCCAGCGCCGCGUCCUCGCCCUGGGUACGGGCGAAAAAAAAAGAGCCCUGUCGGAGAAGCGCUGCCUGAAGGUGCGCAACACCUUGGGCGAACGCAGCACCCGGCACAUGAUGACAAUGCGGAAGUUCCGCGCUACUUUUGACAGCGUAAUGCUCGGGGGCUCGGACGAUGCAGGCGAGUCGGUCGGAGUCGCUCCCGCAGUCGCACCCGGAGUCCCUCCCGUAGCUGCUCCCGGAGUCCCUCCCGUAGCUGCUCCCGAAGUCGCUCGCGCUGGAGGAAACGCCGUUAGAAAUCAGCUGGCACCAUUCGUGCGGCGCACGAGCAGGAGGCUCAAGAGUCUGCCUCCGUUUUAGAUUAUUGCACCUUCCACCCUCCACCUUCCACCCUCCAUCUUCCCGAAUGCGGCCAGGUGCUGGGCACCCUCCUCCUAUCGCCCAUCAAAGAGCCCCAGGUGUCUGCGAGAGAUGGCUCCCGAAUGUAAAUACCACCUCUUAAGACAGACAUAAUAAAUCUAAUGAAUAAUGUAAUAUUUACU